AUGAAUCAACCUCCGGGUUUUGUUGAUUGGAGAGCACCCACCUAUGUUUGUCGGAUUCGUAAGGCUUUGUAUGGGUUGAAGCAAGCUUCUCGAGCUUGGUACCAAAGCUUUGCAAACUUUUUGGUCAGAUCGGGUUUUGUCAUUGCUAAAAACGACAACUCUCUUUUUACUUUUCGACAGGGUGAUGAUAUGGCAUAUUUGCUUCUAUAUGUUGAUGAUAUUAUAUUAGCUACCUCCACUGAGAGGUUGCGUGAGGGGAUCAUAUCUCAGUUGCAAACUGAGUUUCUUAUGUCUGAUUUAGGCCCUUUGAGUUAUUUUUUAGGGAUUGCGGAGAUUUUAGAGCGUGCAUGUAUGGGCUCUUGUAAACCUGCAACUACUCCAGAUGACACUAAGUCUAAACUUAGUGCAAAUUCAGGACCACCUUCUUGGGAUCCUACUUUGCAUCGCAAUUUAGCAGGUGCUCUUCAGUACCUUACUUUCACUAGGCCUGAUAUUGCCUAUGCGGUGCAACAGGUGUGUCUUUUUAUGCAUGAUCCCCGGGAGUCUCAUUAUGAUGCUUUGAAGCGCAUUCUGCACUAUGUUCAGGAUACCAUUGAUCAUGGUUUACAUUUAUAUCCCUCUGCUUGCUUGCUUUAUUUACACUGA